AUGAUGUUUCUCUUAGCUAAAACCGCAGUAAGUCGUCUUCAAGUUCGAAGCAUUAAGCAAAUAAUGGUAAGACAAAGCCACCAGAAACAUGUACCUGAUUUCCAUGACAAAUAUGGUAAUGCUAUCUUAGCUAUUGGAACUACUUUCUGUGCUGCUAUGUGGGCUUACACAACAACACAAAUUGGGAUAGAAUGGAACUUGUCCCUUGUUGGCAAAGUCACCCCAAAGGGAUGGAGAAAUCAAUAA